AUGACUUCAAUAAGCCAAACAGCCAAAGAACUUGACGCCAAGUAUCCAACUCAUAGAUCUGAGUUCAAUAUUCCGACAUUCAAGUCUUUGGGGAUCAAAAACUCUAAGUUUGAACCAGCCACUGAAUCAACAUACUUUUGUGGAAAUUCUCUUGGUUUAAUGCCAAAGCAAACAAGAAAAUAUCUCAAUGAUGAAUUGGAUAAUUGGUCCGGAAAAGCAGUUGAGGCUCAUUUCGACCACCCUAAGACUUGUUGGAUGAAUAUUGAUUUUCCUGUUGUUCCAUUGUUGGCCCCGUUGGUUGGGGGAAAGGAAACCGAAGUUGGUGUGAUGAGCACUUUGACCAGCAACUUGAAUACUCUCUUGGCCGUCUUUUAUAAACCUAAUGGGAAGAGAUCAAAAAUAUUAUUCGAAAAGGGUGCUUUUCCUUCCGAUUAUUAUGCCUUUUUGAAUCAAAUUAAGUUACAUGAAAAAGACAUUAGUGGUGGCAUGAGGGAAUUCAAACCAGAAGAUCAUUUACUUCAACUAGAACCGGAAAAAAAUAGCUAUUAUUUGAAGACUUCCGAUAUAUUGAAAGCUAUUGAACAACAUCACGAUGAAAUUGCGUUAGUUUGUUUACCUGGUAUUCAAUACUACAGCGGUCAAUUAUUUGAAAUCAAACUAAUCACCAAUGCAGCUAAAAAGUAUGGGCUCACUGUCGGUUGGGAUCUUGCCCAUGUCGUUGGCAAUGUGCCAUUGGAAUUACAUGAUUGGGGAGUUGAUUUUGCUUGCUGGUGCUCUUACAAGUACUUGAACUCGGGUCCAGGUGGUAUUGGUGGUUAUUUUAUCCAUGAACAGUAUAGCACUAAUACGACCCUUCCAAGAUUAGCCGGUUGGUGGGGAAAUAAUGAAACAGAGCGUUUCCAAAUGAAGGAAGUUUUCAACCCAAUCAAUACUGCUCUUGGUUUUAGACAAAGCAAUCCAUCUGUCAUAGAUGUUGUUGCUUUACACUCCUCGCUUGAUGUAUUCAAAUCUGUCUCUCCUACUGGUGAUAUGAGCGAAUCUAGAAGUAUUUUGCGCGAAAAAUCUAUUGAAUUAACUAAGUUUUUGGAGAAAAUUUUAACCAGUUCCAAGUAUUAUUUGAAACCCGAAGAUACUUUCCCAAAUACAGAAAUUACCAAGCCGUUAUUUACAAUCAUCACUCCAAAUGAUCCAACCCAACGUGGAGCCCAGUUAUCAUUGUUGUUUUUCCCAUUAUCACAGAUCAGUGAAAAAAACGUAAUGGAAAUGACUUUUGAAAAAAUCAGAAGUAGUGGGAUCAUUGGUGAUGAGAGGAGACCAAAUGUUAUCAGGUUGGCACCAGCUCCACUUUAUAACACGUUCCAAGAAAUUGUUUACAUUGGUGAAAAGUUGAAUGAAGCGUUAGAUGAGAUUGCCAAAUCUUGGUGA